ACUGACUGACUGAUAGUAGUCAGAGCAGUCUGUGAUGCAUAACCUGCAAAUUAUAUUAUAAAGUUUGUUUUUAAGUCUUGUAGUCGGAAUUAUUUCGUAAUUUAUAAAAAUAUCAUACGAAGUGCUCGCACAAUCUAGACAAGAUAAAAAUGAGUACGUCGAAGGGUAAUACAACAAGGAAAAGACCACAGAAACAUCAAAAUAGAACCGCAUUCAAAAAUGAUUUACAUGAUACAAGCCACAAAACAAAAUUUUUAAAUUCAUUGGAGAUAAGUGGGGUAUGCAAACGCUGCAAAGAUAUACUUGAAUGGAAGAUCAAAUACAAAAAGUACAAGCCUUUGACUGCACCUCGUAAAUGUGUGGGUUGUGAGCAGAAAACAGUAAAACAUGCUUACCACAUGUUGUGCAGUAAGUGCGCUUCAGAAAAACACAUAUGUGCUAAGUGUUGCAAACCAGUCGAGAGUCAAGAAACAGAAACUGUAGAACAGAUACCCAAUAACGAUUUGAAAGCUAUGCUUAAGGAUUUACCAGAAAGAAAGAGAAGAACUAUACUAAGAACUAUAAGCAAACAGGAAGAUGGAAAACAAACUUUAACUCCAGAAUUGAAAGCACAGAUAGAAGAUAUGUUAUUGAAGAUGGAUAACAUUGAACUAGAUGAUGAUUUUAACUUUACAGACGAAGAACCUGGAUCAGAAAGUGAAACUGAAGAUAUUUAAAUCACCUGUUUAAUAAAAAUUAUGUUCUGUUUAAAUAAAAUAUUAUCCAAAAGAA